CUGCCGGGGCUGCCGGGGCUGCCGGGGCCGGGGCGGCCGCUCCCGGCUGCCAUUUCCUCGCGCCGCCGCUCGCUCCCACCAUUUUCUCUCCGGCUGCCGCCGGUGCCGGCCCCGUCCCCGCCGCCGCCCCGCGCCCGCCGCCCCCGCGCCCCGCUUCAUGUAGCCCCGCGGCAGCCCCCCCGCACACGCCCAGCCGCGGGGCCGCCUCCCGGCAUGAGGAGCUGCAAGAUGGUGCGGGUGGCCAGCGUGCUGGGGCUGGUGAUGCUGAGCAUCGCGCUGCUCAUCCUCUCCCUCAUCAGCUACGUCUCGCUGAAGAAGGACAACAUCUUUGGCGCGCCCCGCGCCGCCGGCCCGGGGGGUCCCCGCAUGUACAUGUUCCACGCAGGAUUCAGGUCCCAGUUCGCCCUGAAGUUCCUGGACCCCUCGUUCGUGCCCAUCACGAGCUCCCUGAGCCACGAGCUUCAGGAGAAGCCCUCCAAGUGGGCCUUCAACCGCACCGCCUUCGCACAUCAGAGGCAAGAAAUCCUUCAGCAUGUUGACGUCAUAAAAAAUUUUUCUUUGACCAAGAAUAGUGUUCGGAUUGGACAGCUGAUGCAUUACGAUUACUCCAGCCACAAGUAUGUUUUCUCCAUCAGCAAUAACUUCAGAUCGCUGCUUCCCGAUGUGUCACCAAUCCUGAACAAGCACUACAACAUUUGUGCUGUGGUUGGAAACAGUGGGAUCCUGACCGGGAGUCAGUGUGGGCAAGAGAUAGAUAAAUCCGAUUUUGUUUUCCGUUGCAAUUUCGCUCCAACUGAGGCUUUUCAAAAAGAUGUUGGAAGGAAAACCAACCUUACAACCUUCAACCCCAGCAUCCUGGAAAAGUAUUACAACAAUCUUUUGACCAUUCAGGAUCGCAACAACUUCUUCUUAAGUCUGAAAAAGCUUGAUGGGGCCAUUCUUUGGAUCCCAGCUUUUUUCUUCCACACAUCAGCAACGGUCACAAGAACAUUGGUUGACUUCUUUGUUGAGCACAGAGGGCAACUAAAGGUCCAGUUGGCUUGGCCAGGAAAUAUAAUGCAGCACGUUAACAGAUACUGGAAGAACAAACACUUGUCACCCAAGCGGCUGAGCACAGGUAUUCUCAUGUAUACCCUUGCUUCUGCCAUAUGUGAAGAGAUCCACUUGUAUGGAUUCUGGCCCUUUGGGUUCGACCCCAACACGAGGGAGGACCUCCCAUACCACUACUAUGAUAAGAAGGGAACAAAGUUCACGACCAAGUGGCAGGAGUCCCACCAGCUGCCUGCAGAGUUCCAGCUGCUCUACAGGAUGCACGGUGAAGGACUGGCCAAACUCACUUUGUCGCAUUGUGCCUAAGAACCUAAAUCUUGAAGUGCCAAAUGAUUGUCUAAAAAGUGCCCAAAACCGAAUUAAACAUUCUUCACAUAAAAUUCUAAAAAAAAAAACCAACGAAACAAACAAAAACAAAACCCACCCUAACAUAUUUUCCAUAAUAUAGAGAUGCUUUUUAGUCACCCUUGUCACUGCUUAUCAAAGGGUUUAAGCAUAUUUAGCAGUGCAGAAGCAUUAAUCAAAUUCUGUGGAUGCUAUUCAUGCAGCAGCGAAGUUGAAAUAUUUUGCAUUUAUAGACGUGCCACUAAGUACGUUUUAAGCCAUUUUAAGUAUUUUAGCAUUCCACUAAAUGCCCUAAAUCUCUUAAUUUUAUUGAUCCUUCCUGAUUAGAACUAGAAGUGUUAGUUUUAAAAAGUUUUUCUUCUUUCAUAUAUGUUGUUCUGAAUAGCUCAGCAUAUGUAUGUUGCCAUGGCGGAUCGAGAAAGCCACUCUGAAUUCUGGUUCAUCAUCACUUGCAAGUUCUUCAGUGUGGAUCCUGAAUUCCACCACCUGCAUAUUUUCAUAUUUACUGAAUUUUACAUUUUUUAAAGAAUAACGUGAAGAAGGUGGUCAAAAUAUGGCUGGUACCUUAGCUAGGCAUUUAUAUCACACUCAGAAUACUUCGGUGUUUUAAUUCAGUUUGGGCCAAAGCCUAGUCCAAAUUAGACAGGCUGUAACAAGUCCAUCCACAUCCAUGUGAUACUAUUUGGUCUUUUUAUUUUAAAGUUAAAUCACCGUAAUAGAUGGAAUUAGAUUUCUCUGGAGACGCAUCAGGUGAGAAGAGCCCCAAACCCUUGGGCGGGUGCAUCUCCCUCUGUGCCUGCUCUCCGCACCCUCCAACAACGCAGGUCCCUUGGAAGGAUGAGGCCUCUAAGUGGGGAGCACGUGGGCUCCCACCUGCCCCUUGGCACCCGCAGAGCUCGCCAGUGCUCCCCAUUCCCGGUGCGCAUGGCCCCGCCAUGGGCCGCACAUCACAGCACUGUGGGGUGAGGAGCUGGCCAGGCGCUGCGGCCUCCCCGGGGGACCUGCCAUGACUGUACCCUGCUGGCCCUGGCACAGCUGACAAGGGUAGGUACUCGCUGUGCUUCGUACCUCCCACCCAAACCACCGUCCAUCCUGCGGUGGCGAUGGGGCGUAGUGCCCAGCAAUGCCGGGUCUGCAGGGAACAGCCAUAGCUUUUAUUAGCCCAAUUAACAGCAACGGGGCAGAUGGGUGAGCAGGGCUAUGUCUGCCCCCUGCCGUGACCUGCGGGGUGUCACCGAGGGGUGGGGUUGCCACCCUGCCCUGUGCCUGGCCCCUGGCUCCACAGCCGGACCUGGCCGGGCAGCAAAAGUGGCCAGGCGCUGGGAUUUUAAAAUGUUUUUUGAAGGGAUGUGAGUGUGGCAAGAGUGUAGGGAAGAGGGAAUACAGUUACCAGAUUUCCUCAUUCACAUCUAUAAAUCCACUGUCAAGAUAACUAAAUCAGUGACCCCAUUUUCCAAUUGCCACCAGCCGCCCGAGGCAGUCAAAGGAAGGCACGGCUUCCUCUGUACCACUGAAAAUCAGGCUGCUUGGAGAGAGAACAAACCUUAGGGUCACUUACAGUUUGAAAAUGUUGGCCAUUAUGUCUCAGGAUAAAGGAGCCUGUAAAAUAACUUUCUUAUGACAAGUAUGCUUACAAGUGUUCUAACAUUUUUCUACUACUCCGUAUGAUGCUGAGAACUGACUACACACUGAAAGAUGCAAAAUCCAAUUUAAAAUCUUACUUUAAAAUGGCACACUUUAAUUUUUCUCAGCCUCUUUACCUACAGGCAGAUGUAGGAGGUGUGGAAGGAGAUCUCGAGUACAACAAACGCCAAACCCGAGCAGCUGGGAGCAUCUCCCGGUGCCUGCCACUGCCCCGCCACGGCACCACAGCCCCACCAGCCCCUGAGGUCAGGCCCCUGCUCUCCCCCACACCCCAGCUAGAGAAGGAGCUGGCAGCUUUCUUCCCCAUUUGAAUUAUCCCACAUUUUCUGGCUUUUGCUUUUUUCAAAGGCUGUUCAGGACUGGGGCAUGCUGGCGAGGGGCUUGGGUCCCCCACACUGCAGUGUGCACAGACCCACUCCUGCAAGGAGCCGCCGCGUUCCCACCUGGCUGCCAAGCCUGGAUCCGUGCUCCCAGGGCUCCGGCUCUCCGCCCUGUCCUGACGGUCCUGCGCUCAUCGCCGUUCCUACAGCAGAGUACGGCCUCUAGCAACUGUUAUUAUGAAGACAUAGUUGUGCAGUGAUGGUGGUGUCUUAUGAGUUGUUCUUGAUAUUACCACAUAUUGUUUGUCUCGUAGUCAUGCGCAAGGGCCCGGACCAGGGAGGGGACCCCUGCAGAGCACAAGGACAGGCUGUCCCCAUGCUAGCAGCUGCCCGUGUCCCCAGGGGAAAGACUGAGCCCCCCAAGCCCUGCAGGCCCUGUCGGCGAGGGUUGCAGCAUCUCACCCUCCAGCUGCAGGACCACACGUCCCAGUGGGCAGCAGGGAGCUACAGGGCCAGGAGCAGCCAGGUCCUGCAGGAACCCUUGUCUAACUGCCGGAGCACAUUGAAUGUUUUUGCCAAAAAGCAGAAAAAGAGGAAUUGCACAGGGAAGGAAGAGUUCUGCACUAGUUGUUAAUGAAGUACAGUAAUUAGUCAUUUCCAAUACCAUUUCCUAUUGAGCUGUACAGCAGAUGCAUGCUUUCUAAGGCAGGCUGAUCGCUUUGCAAGUCACUGAGGUGCAUGGUGAAGGUGCGCCCAGUGGCCAAGAAACAGCUCAGCAAAGAGCCCACUGGGGGAGAAGGGUCACCCCGAACCCUGGGUGAUGCCUCUUGGCUUGUGGUUAAUGUCAGAUACUUUAAUUAAGAGUUGUUUUAUCAAUUUCAUGUAGGCAGCGAUCAUUUUUAAUCAGCAAAUUAAGGUAUGUGGACUAUUAUCAUUAUAUUGGCAUGAAAGCAGAGGCCAGUGUGCUCUAUAUAAUUUUCGGCUGCUGGCUCCUAAUGGGAAAUUGCACUGGCAGAUCCUGCUUGGAUGCUGCACUGCGUUUAUAUGGCAUAACUACUUUAAAUUAGAUGUAGUCACAGGUAAACAUUCAUUAGCCUAAACAAACGUAUUUCCAUCCAUGCACCUCUUGUGUCUCCUGGAGGCUCUUUUUGCAAGGGGGAUGCUCAGCCUGGGGCAAGAUGGUUCAUUGCUCAUCUCCCCCCAGCAGCUCUGUGCUCCUCCUCCCCUAAUGCUGGCAGGGCACGGACACUGGCAAGGGCACGUCCAGUGUGGACAUGGAGGAACUGGCCGUAUAACUGCAUAGUGAAGCUGGGAUGGGAAGGUCUCCAGAGUCAAACUGGCCUCGGGUGCACUAUGAGAUGCUGGGAAGCCACGUGAAAUGGGCCAUCUGCUGUGUCCCAGCCCUGUCCCCAGUGUCCCCAGAGAGGGCUGAUGGCAGAAGUGGAUGUCCCUGUGCUGCAGGUGCUGCAAGGGCUUGUGCAGCUGCUGCACCUGAGUGGCAAAGCUCAUGUGGAGCUGGUUCAGACAGAGCUGCAGCAUCCUGCCUCUCUCUGAGAGCCCAUGCAGGAGGAAAAGGUGUCAGUUCUGCCAUGCUCAAGGGCCGCAGUUGCUGAGCAGUGCACAUCUUCUCUCCACUCAAGCUACUCCUUUUCAGCACCCAGGAGAGAAAAUAAAAUGUAAAAAUUAGAAGUUGAAACCAAAAACCUCAAUUACCCCUGGGUAGUUUUUUAAUUUUUCAUAAUUGAUUUUUAAAAAAAAAUUAUUUCCCUUCCUAACCACAAUAAACUUGGGGAAAUUGCCCACAGCUGGGAUUUCUGUUCUUCCCACAACUUGUACCCCCAGCCUGCUUCCCACGGCUGUGCUCCGGAGGUCUGCAACGCCCCACUCACUCCCAGCCCAGAGAGCACCAGGGACACAGCACCGCACGUGCCCCUAGAUUGUGGGGAGAAUGGCAAUGGAAAGGUGUUUUAAUGCACGGCACCUUAAUUUGAUCUUGCUUAAUUUAAGCAAAUGGAGGGUCUCUCUCAGGUUCAUCCUGCUAGUGGCAAGGUCCCGUUAUGAUAGUCCUGGCAGCACAGCUGGAACUUUCCAGAUGCACAGAGGCACCAAGUGCAGAGAAGGAAGUGUGAGAAAAACCUGCAAAUAUUGGGAAACAGGAAUACAGAAAAAUUAUUGACAGAGUGCCAUAUUAUAUCAUUGAUUUUUAAGCAAAACUCCCCAUUGAUUUUUCAGGACCACAUUGAACAUUUCAGAAUCAUUGAUUUUAAUGGGGAGUCCUGCCCCAAAAUCAAUGGCGCAAUACAGCCCAAAGUAAAUUGCUUCUUAGCAUCAAUAUUUUUUGUCCAAGCUCUUGCAAUGUGGAAAAAUGUCUUAAAAUACGCAUCUUUUGUUUUCACCUGUUUUCUUAGAUGCAAUUUGAAUUCUACUUUUCUAGAGAGAGCAGAGGGGAAGGGCAGCUCAUGCUGAGCAGUGGGACCAGCAGCGGCCCAGGGUGGGCUCUGCUCCCCCAGGCAGGGAAAGACCCUCCAGGUGCCUUGAUGUCAGGCUGGGCUCUUUCCCAAACCCCCACUUUCAGGCCAGUUUUCUUGCAGGGCCUCAUGUCAGGGGCACCAUGCAUCCCAGAGCAGCAAAGUGGGGUGACACCCUCCCAGUGUUUGCUCCAGCAGGUCUGGGCUCAGCAUCCUUUUCUCACUGCACUGGGCUUAUGGCACAUGUAAUUCUGGCUCUGUAGAAAACAAGGUGUGCCUUUGAGCUGGAAGAGGUCAGCAGGUGGUGAGAAGGAGGUGACGGCUCUGCCUGGUAUCCCUCGGCUCAGAGGUGCAGGCUUGGCUGCUUGCGGUGGGCUGCUGUGCUGCAGGAGGAGGGCAAUAGAUUGUGGUGGGGUCUAGUGGAGAGGUGAGGACCAAAGGGUGCAGAGAAGACAGCAGCUGAGGCAGAGGGGCUCUCUGUGUCUGCCUCUCUCUGGCAGAAAAUGCCUUUUCAUUCAAUAAGCAAGCUGCUCCCCUCUGCGAACGUGGCUCCUGCGGCAGGGAGCUGCUCAGGACAGAAAACAGCACCUGCAUUCCAUAUCACCUUGGCUAGAUUCUUCCUUCCUUUCUGUUUGGCCCAGAACCUUCCUCCCUCUGUCCAUCUAAAUGAAUUCCUGAUGGUUCAGGAAAAACACUCACUGUCAUUACUGAAUGUCUAGACAAGCAAAUAUAGCUAAAUAAAAGUAUGCGUAAUGCAACGUGAUCAAUAUUUGUAAGUACAAAACACUGUAGUUUACAAAAUCAAGAGAAGUCCUUCCGACUAGCUCUGAGGGAAGGGUCUGGUGGGACGUAGAACCUGUGCAGCCCUGGGCUGCCAGCGUCCCACGCACUGUGGGCAGCCAAGGGUGAGCGGUGGUCUCAUUCUGCUCCAGCCACUGCACCAAUAGGAUGGGUGCUGAGGACCUGCACUUUGGCAGGGACUGUCAGCAGGAUCUUGGGGUGGGUGCUGUGUGGGGCUGGAUGCUGUGGUCAGGGGGAUCAGGCCACCAGGCAGGGUGUGGGAAGAAGGGGUGUACAUAAGAAUGGAAAUACAUGUGUUACCUUCUCUUCUUUUAUACAUCUUGGGUUUGUAUUUUUGUUGCUUGCAUCUUUUCAGUGAAUGGUAGCAAGAUACAUUAAAACAAGGUCACUUUGGCUACCAGUUUUAAUUGUGGCGUAUACCAAAAAAGCAAGCAUUUGUGAAAUAUAACUGUGAAUGGAGGUUGCAAAAACAGAUAGUUUAGAAAAAAAGCAGGUUUUCUGUAAAUGAAUGUGUCUUUAUUCCAAUGACUAUACAGUUCAAUGCCUGAUGGAGUUGUUUUCAAUAAAAAAAGACAAAUAUUAAAAAAAAAAGAAAAAAAAUGCCAUAAUUGUAAUAAAGGAUUCAUCAUUUAACAGCCAUACUAAAAGCAUUAUUUAUUUUUAAAUGGCUAAUGUUCAUAAAGGGCCAGGGCACAGUCUCAGGUGAAUGGCAAAGCCGCACAUGGUGUGAAACACGUUGCAAGAGGAGCCGGUGCUCAGCCAUGCUCCCACAGAGAGCUCCUGUGGUGGCGGCGGGAGCAGGAUGGGGCCCACAGGCCAGCACAUGCCAUGCCAGAUGUGGUGCCAAGCCGAGGCCCAAGCACAGUCCGUACAGCGCAUCAUGCCUGGAAAUGUGUGGGCACGCUGGAAAGUGAGGCCCUGGCUCUUCGCGUGACAGAGUCCCGCAUCCUUGUUGUGAGCAACUUUUGUGGACAACAGCGCGAUGGUUCAUUUGGGAUCUCUCAGCAAUGCGAUUCUUUGGUGUGAAUGUGCCUGCAACAUUGACUCGUGCCAAAACAUGAUACUGAAUGCAUUGUUUUUAAAUAAAAUGUUUUAUUGUGCAUUGAAAG